AUGGCGAUACUCACUGAUGAUGCCGACUACGAUGCCGGCGAAACGUUUGGAAAUGUACCACAUCCACGGUUCAAAUUUGGAAAUGAUCACGCGGACAAUGGACUCCGGACU